GAAGUUGACAGCAUUGCUAAUUAAAAAAUACCCACAACGACGCAACGUGCUCACAAAAAAAAAGAAAAAAAAAACGCGCUGGUAGAGAGAUGCGGGAAUCUUCGGGAAGGAAGCCGUGAGUGCGUCACCGUCUCUAUCCACCAACCAAGUGAUAAAAAUGUGCCCGUUUUGGCCCGAGUUUGUUUACGGUGGGGCACGCGCAGCUAGCAAACACUAUUGGUGUGCUAGCUUCACCUCAGCGCUGAUACCUGGGCCAGCUAUCCGCUGAUGUUUUACGUCAAAACCGUGCUAGCCCUCAAACGGGCGAGGGCGGACAUCCACUUUAAACGGUUAGUCUUAAACCGAGCAGUACGUUGCACCGUGACCUCCAGUUCGACGGCCCAGACGGAGCCUGACGGUGUCAGAAGCCGCGGCGGGUCAGAGUGUCCCGGACUGUCUGGGAGAGGAGGGAGAAGGAGAGAAGGCACCGCCGCCGCUGCUGCUAAUGAGAUCUCCGUAGACUUUGAGCAGACCCGGGAGGCUUACAAGAGCAAAGACUCAUUAGAGCUGCUCAGAAGUUUGGUGGUUUUCAAACUUUGUUCAUAUGACUUCCUGGUUGAUAAGAACAAAGAGGUAAUGGAUCUAGCUAAGAAGAUUCUAGGCCAGAAAACCUUUGACCAGUUCAUGAAGAUGACAUUUUAUGGUCAGUUUGUGGCUGGUGAGGACCACAAUGACAUCAAGCCACUGAUUCAGAAGAACCACUCCUUCGGCAUUGGCUCUGUCCUGGACUAUAGUGUUGAGGAAGACAUCAGUCAGGAGGAAGCGGAGCAGAAAGAAAUGGACUCAUGCGUGUCUGCUGCAGAGAAAGAGAACAUAGGCAAGGACCACAGAGAGAGAAAAUAUCAAGCGCACAAACAAUUCGGCGACCGCCGUGGGGGAGUGACCGGAGCACGCACAUAUUUCUAUGCUGACGAGGCCAAAUGCGACCAACAUAUGGAAACCUUUAUCAAAUGCAUCAAAGCGUCUGGUGGGAGUUCAAUGGAUGGUUUUUCUGCCAUCAAAAUGACUGCACUAGGACGACCUCAGUUUCUGCUCCAGUUCUCAGAGGUGCUGGUGAAAUGGCGGCGGUUUUUCACCUUCCUAGCGUCACAGCAGGGUAAAGAUGGCUUGGAGGCCUUAGAGCAGAGGCUGGAGCUUACACAACUGCAGGAGUUCAUGACCAAACUGGGUGCAAAUGGUGACUUCUAUGGCUGGUUUACAGGAAGGAAAGAGGACUCAACAGGAUGCAUUGACAUGCUUGACUGGAACAGCCUAAUAGAUGACAGAACAAAGAUAUCGGAUCUGCUUGUUGUUCCAAAUGUAGAGCUAGGUAAGCUGGAGCCUCUGCUGGGGAAGUUCACUGUAGAGGAGGAGCAACAAAUGAAGCGGAUGUUACAGCGUGUAGAUGUCUUGGCGAAGCAUGCCCUAGAGAGUGGUGUUCGUUUGAUGGUGGAUGCAGAGCAAACCUAUUUCCAGCCAGCCAUUAGCAGACUAACGCUGGAGAUGCAGAGGACCUACAACGGAGAAAAGCCUGUCAUUUUCAACACCUAUCAAUGCUACCUAAAGGAGGCCUAUGACAAUGUAACUAUGGAUGUAGAAUUGUCUCGACGUGAGGGUUGGCACUUUGCUGCCAAGCUGGUGCGUGGGGCCUACAUGUAUCAGGAGCGAGAAAGGGCCAAAGAGAUCGGAUAUGAAGACCCUAUUAACCCUGACUAUGAGUCAACCAAUAGGAUGUACCACAGGUGUUUGGACUAUGUGUUGGAUGAGAUUGCACUCAACAGAAAAGCAAAUGUAAUGGUGGCUUCCCACAAUGAAGACACGGUGAAACACACCUUAAAAAGAAUGAAUGAGCUGGGUCUCAUUCCCACAGAAAACAAGGUAUACUUUGGUCAGCUACUGGGCAUGUGUGAUCAAAUCAGCUUCCCACUGGGCCAGGCAGGCUUCCCUGUCUAUAAGUAUGUUCCCUAUGGACCAGUGAAUGAGGUAAUGCCCUACCUGUCUCGGAGAGCACAGGAGAACCGAGGCUUCAUGAAGGGGGCCCAGAAGGAGAGGGAACUGCUUUGGAAAGAGCUGAAACGGAGACUUGCCUCUGGAGAGCUUCUUUACAAACCAGUGUACUGAAAAGAACAAAAGAUUUAGUAAAGAUUAUUGAAGGUUUCUUUAUCUGGUUCUUUGGUUAGUGUCCAUUAUCAUAGCUGCCUGUGCCUCUUUUUUAAGCACGUCUUGUUUUACUCUAUAUUUUGAAGGGUUUUUUUUACUGAUGGACUGUUUACAUAGGUCACUAGUUUUUCUUUUUCCUACUAGUGUUUUUCAGCAUUCUGCUAUUGCAGGAUUUUAUCCACCUUCACUCCAUUCACUCCUUCUGUUCUCCACCAUAGGCAUUUCUCAUUUUGUUUUCCCACUGUCUGUAGAGCUCUAAUAUCCAUCAUAUGGGCAACUUUACUGCUCCAGAAGGACUUCCUAAAAUGUCAACAAGACUGGGCUGGGCAUCUUUUUUAUUGCUCUAUUUAUUUUCAAGGAGAACGGGAAUCAUAAGAAUAACAUGCUUGAUAUAAAUGUUAGCAAAGUAAACUAUAUAUGUAUAUCUACUGUAUAUGUGCUUCUCAGUACUGUACGUUUGUUUUUGAGGUUGCACUGACAUUUUUAAAACAAUACAAGUUUAUGUGUCAUGAAGAAGUAUAACUGCCUCAUCAAAGCACAUCUCUCUUCUUCAUCUUUGUUAUUAUAUUCACUAGGAGAAGUUAUAUUUUUGCCCACAGUAUGUGUUCUAUACUCAGACUGAAAGUUUCCCCAAUUUUGGUCAAUUCAUGUCCAAAUUUUAAAUCCAACUCUUAACUUAAUUCAGAUCAAUCCCAGAUCUCUUAACCAUCUGUCUGCUCAGUCUCAUAAGUAAUUGUUAAACAUAUAGUUUUUAAUUCUAGAUCAAUCUUUUUGAUGAUGAGCUUUGUAACUGUAAAGCAAAUACAAUAAUAUCAACAAUAAUUUCAUCCUAUUAGUCUUAAAAGGUUGAUUAACUAUUUUCUUGGCUUUAUCACUGAAGUGUAUCUCAGUUAUAGUUUCCUACCUAUUAAUAGUUUUCUUCCCUCCCUGUGAUUGUGGAUCUGUUCCUAGGAUUAAUAGGCUGAGUACUGAUGCCAUGCUGGUGGAGAAGUGAACGUUUAAAUCUGGGUCUCUGUUAUAGUGGAAUUGUUGAGGCUCUUUCUCGUUGCUUGUGGCUUGUUGAUGUGGGCACUUUCUGUCUUGUUUCUCCAUCUUGACUGAUCUACAGCAUGCACUUAUCCAUUUGGGGUGUCUAUAAAGCAAGCUAAAUCUGGUCUCAAGAGGCAGAAAGCCCCCUGAAUCUGGCAUUGAUAUCUGUUUUUCUGGUCUGUCUGACAGACUGGACCUCUUACAACAAAGAUACCUCCUAGCAUGUUGGAGCACUAUCUAUUACAUUAGACAACUCUGUGCAAUUCUGAUUUUUGACCAUGUAAAUAUGUUUAACUCAGAUUGUAUUUGUUGAAUUUGCAUCUUACCAAAUAUGCUUGUGAAAUUGCUAAAUAUGUGAAUAUAAAGUAUGUGAAGUCAUGCA